AGUUUCAAACCGCCCCGACCCAUCCGUGAAUUGAAGCACUGUUUCGUGAGCACCCCCUCGUUGCAGACCUCCGUUCCUGUUUGUCCAAGUUCGUCCGAGCACUAUUCAGGUUCGUCCAAGUUCGUCCGAGCAAAUUGCAGACCUCCGUCCUUGUUCGCCCAUAACCCAUUCUGAAGAUUUUUGACUCCACGGUCCGCACAAGCUUAUCACAAAUGGCUGAAAGGGCUUUUGAACUACAAGUUCUUGUGUCGAAGCAGUUUCCUGCCCAGUAUUCUGUGUGCUCAUUUUUCAAAGAGGCCGGAAGCUUGGUGCAGUCUGCCUUGACCAAGAAGCAACUUGAGGAGUUUAAGAAGCUGCCAUGGGGCCACCUCAUAUUUGUGCCAGAAAUGCAAUUUCGGAACAAAUUACCCAUUCUCUUCUGCUCAGGCUUGUACGGGACCAACCCAAUGACGAGUUAUGGUUUUGUAUUCAAGGGAAGCUGUUGAAAUUUACCUACGCAGAUUUCUGCCGCAUCUCUGGGAUUAAAGCAUCGAUGGAAAAGCCUGUAUUCAGUACUGAUGAAGAGGUUCGGGGGAAGGUGUUUGAUAAGUACUUUGCUGGAUCAACGGACAUAACCUUCAAAACGCUGAAGGAAAAGCUGAAGGCAUUCAAGCCUAAAAGAGGAGAUUCCACUGACCCUCUGAAGCUAGUGUCCUUGUGUUACCUUGUGAGUGUUCUGCUUGCAAGAGAUAACAAAACAAAAAUAAAUUUAGACUAUGUCAAAUGGGCGGAUGAGUUUGAGAAGUUUACGAUGUAUAACUGGGGUUUAGAGUCCUACAACAUAAUGGUUGAAAACCUGAAAACUGUCAUGAAAGGUCAGCCCGGGAGGUUCAAGAAAAGCAAUGCCAAAAAUGCCAAGUUCACUCUAUACGGAUGUCCUCAUAUUCUACAGGUUUGGGCGUAUGAGACCGUUCCUAACCUUGGAGAGAAAUUUGCUGAACGAGUUGGAGGAAGAAGCAAAGGAAGAUGUUGAUGAGGAUGAUGAAGAAGAAACAGAGAACGAGGAUGAAGAAGUAGGGAGGAAGGGGUUCAAGGCCAAAGUCAUGGAGGAGAUUAAAGCUCUGCGGAAGAAUGUGACAGAUUUGGAAACGAGGUUGAAGUUGAUGGAAGAGAGGGUGAGUGCACCAUGUGGUGUGUCAAACAAUGCGGCUGAGGUUGAUGGCAAUGAGGUUGAUGCUAAUGCCAUGCAAAUGGAUGAUCAUGACGACCCAACACACACUGAAGAAUGUGGCCCAACGGCCGUUGUAGAUGAUGCAAACAAUGUGAAGGAGUCUGAUGUCACUACACCUUCGGUUGAGAUCAUCUCAACCAUCCUCAAUGAACUGGCUGAUGUUGUGGAAAAUUCAAAGGAUGAGAGGGAGUGUGAUCCUACUACAGCUUCCAAUCCGAUCAUCUCACCGGCUCUUCUUGAUGUAAGUUAAAAUGUCGGUCUCAUUGUAUUGAAUUGUCUGUCUACAAACAUCUUCACAAUCUCAAUCAUUUGACUAUUUUAUAAGGUGGCUGCUGCUGAGCUCACUAAUCCUGCCCCUUGUGAUGAAACAUGCCCCAUAAAAACUCCCGCGAAUCAAAACAUCUAUAUGGAUGUGCUUUUGAAAAGGCCAAGAUACCCUUCGAAGUAUAGGGUCAGCCCUUAUACCGAACCAAGAGCUUCAAAGCGGGCCAAACACAUUAUUGAACCCAGUCUUGAAAUCCACCCAAUCUUCAUUGCUGAAACAGUUGAGGAAUGGAAUGAACUUAAAGAUUGGAUAGAAGGUGAUGAGAGUCAACCCCCUCUUAAUGUAGUUCUCAUGAUCCCUGAUGAAUUUGAAGUCAACAGAGGUUUUUUCCAAGACUUGGUCACAUGUAAUCUAUGGUUGGCCAGCUAUGUAAGUUCAAGUACCCCUUUUUUUAAGCAUGCCAUCAAGAAAUUUAUGAUUUAACUGUAGUAACGCCC